GACUAGCUCGCUGGCUAUUGUCGAGUCACACGCUACAGGACGGAACGGAUAAUUCAUUGGGUAAUGCUUCAUCAACGAGAAAGAUGUUCUCAACCGGGGCAGUGGGAUAACUUGAUUCGCUAAGGAGUAUCUAAGGAUUUCUUAAGUGUUUUGAGGAUCGGAGCAACGGAUUUAUAUGGAAGACUAGGAUAAUAGGGUACAUAAAGACAUUUGAUAUCUUCCUCGAAAGUUGUUGUCCGAUUUUGGCAUUUUGCAUAUAACGGAUACAUAGGACAUUCUGUUAAUGUGGCGUUAGCGACUUACAAUUGGUUUAUUUAGAGGCUGAUGAUAAUAUUGAAGUAUCCUUGGCAAAUGGCAAAAGAGUUAAUGUUAUUGGUGCUUAUUUCAAGAAUUCCAGUGUAAGUAAGUGCGAGGACAGAUUUUGCAAUCCGUUUAAAAUGUACGACAUAAAAUUUGGAUUCUGACACGGGAUUAACGAUAUCGGGAUGACGAAGCUUUGGAUUCUCCUCUUACAAUUCCUGGCUGUGUUGGCCGACCAACCCGAUGGGGCACAGGGCAGGGUCUACACCCGUGAUAUGAGUCCACGGACGAUCGAAACAAAGUAUGGAAAGCUGCGGGGCAUGCUCGUGGAGAUACCAAACAAACACCUCCCGCCGGUCGAAGCCUACUUGGGACUGGGUUACGCCUCUCUUCUUGGCGGGAACCUCCGUUUCAUGCCGCCGACCAGCCCUAUGGAACAGUGGAAUGGUGUCCGGGUGGCCAUCACUCACCGCCCUGUGUGUCCGCAGAAGAUCCCCACUGAGGAAGAACUAGCUGCGAAGUACCCUAAGGGUCGCAUGGAGCAUUUUAAACGUUUGAUACCAUUUCUUAAGGAUCAGAACGAGGACUGCCUAAAUUUAAACGUCUAUGUACCAACUAGAGGUGAAAACAACACCAAUGCUGACCCAUUUCCGAUCUUGAUGUUUAUCCAUGGUGAGUCCUAUGCCAUGGGGACUGGCAACGCCUACGAUGGGAGCAUCCUGGCAAGCUUUGGAGAAGUCAUUGUCAUCACACUCAACUACCGCUUAGGUGCCUUGGGCUUUAUGACCACGGGAGACCAACACGCCCCUGGAAAUUAUGCCAUCUUUGACAUUGUGGCUGCCUUGCAGUGGACAAAGGAGAAUAUUGCAGCAUUCGGGGGUGACCCCGAGCAGGUCACGGUCAUGGGGCAAGGUUAUGGAGGCGCCCUGGUUAAUCUACUCAUGGUAUCGCCAGUUACGAAAGAUGGUACGCUUCUGAAGCGAGGUAUCGUCAUGAGCGGAUCGGCGCUGUCCCCUUGGGCAAUCAGUGACCACCCUAGAUACUACGCCAAAAAGCUUGCGCAGGCCGUGAACUGCUCAGAGUUCUUCGACAACAGUAAAGCGCUGCUUGGGUGUCUCCGGGAGCUCUCAGCUAGCGACCUGAUGGAAGCUGAAGUCAGGGCACCGAAAUAUUUCGAACCAUUCGGUCCAGUGAUACACAAAAGUUCAAUUCUGCCACAGCCAGUGAAGCAGUUAAUGGAAAGGGCCGCGAUGGACGCGGAGCGGAGUGAACUACUUAUUGGGGUGAUGAAAAACGAGGGAUUUUGCUUCUUUGAAGAAGAAGAGAUACAAAAUGGAAUAACCCCAUCAAAACGUGACAAAAUCAUCCGGACGUUAGUUAAAAAUAUUUACGAGUUUCACAAACAGAAAGUAUACGAUAUCAUUUCUCACCAUUACAUGGAUUAUGAGAGGGAGCCUGACAAUGAGACGCUACUUAAUAACAUGAUGGAUAUGUUAGGGGAUGUGUUGUUUGCCGCGCCUGCCAUUGACUUGGCUCGGCGGCAUAGCGCCAUUGGGCGAACAUUCUUCUACUCCUUCACGUACCCUUCGCGGCUGGAUAGCUUUCCACGAUGGGCCGGUGGCGUGCAUGGUGAAGAUCUGAUGUACGUGUUCGGUGCCCCGCUGGCUGAUGGGAUUACGCCGUUUCCGUCCACCUAUACUAGGUCAGAGCGCAUGCUCAGUGAAGCAGUCAUGAGAUAUUGGACGAAUUUUAUGAAAACCGGCAAUCCAAAUUUGCCGGAGUCCCAGACAUCAUUACAAGGGGGGCGUGUCAAAAACCGUUUCAUCGGCCUUGAAUGGCCAGUAUUUAUGCCGCCGGAGCAAAAAUAUCUGCACAUAGGCUAUUUAAAGAAAGGAACAUUAAAAGAGAAAUCAGGGAUGAGGCCCGACAUCCGUAGCCGUUACCGUGGCAACAAAGUGGCGCUGUGGCUGGAGCUGAUUCCUAAGGUACACAAGGAGGAAGAGGGUACACCAAAAAGACAUCAUUACUUAAACAACUACUACAAUAAGUCAAGUUUCGAAAAAAAUACGAAAAAUGUGGAUAUACCAAUGUAUUUAGUGCCUCCGCCAACGAAUCCCCCAACAGAGGCACCAAUUACGUAUCAAGUUGUCGUAAAACCUAGGACAACGACACCAGAGCCUAAUUUCGACGACUUGCGGUUAAAUCAGGCAACAGAGGGAUCGGCGGUCAUGCUGGACAAAUACAGACCGACCGACCCACCAACGAACGGGCGGCCCGUUUUGAAUGCUGAUUCAAGUAUGGCGCUAAGUAUAACAAUAGCUGUGGGCUGCUCGUUACUGUUCCUCAAUAUAUUAGUAUUUGCAAUAGUUUAUUAUCAGCGCGAUAAGCUGAAGACGAAGAAGAAGGAGGAUAAAGCAAGACAUAAACAAGACAAUGAGAAGAAUCAGGCAAGGUCGCCUAACAAUCAUGAAAUAGCAGACCACCGCAAGAUGAAUCACGUGGACUCUAACAUGACACAUCACCACCUAGUCGGUAAUCAGACUGCGCACCACAUUCCUCCGCCCCCACGGACUACAUCUGCAAUGGGGUCGCAUCACCGUUCCCCUGUGAAUAGGUCCCCAUAUGACACCCCACCUCACAGAAACUCCCCAUAUUCAACGAUGACGCGGACUUAUUCUGACAAUUCGGAUGACGGCAAGAACCCUGUGACUGUUGUAUAGCGCCAUCUUCAGGUAGACUACUUCAUUAGUGUGUGUAUAUCAUUUCCGGUUUUGAUUUUCGGCUUGGGCCGAUAGGUGGUGUCGGUUUCCUGUCGGUUGAGCUUGAACUAUUCAUUCUGAAGUAUUUUAGAACACGGAGUUCCCUGCUGUUGUACCGUUUCAACACAAACUCGUGGUAUUGUGGGUUGUUAGGUUUUUUCUUCCUUGGUCGCUUUGGACAACCAUGCGUUAUAAAAGCUUCACACGUUUCAACUUCUAGAUAAUGGGGGAUGAAAAUGUUUCAUUUAUAUCCGAUAAACAAAUCCAAGUCUUUCACCAUGUUUGAACAUGGAUAGGAUAAUAAAUCAGCUGUACAAUGAUAGAUGCUGUUGUUCCCUUGCCUGUACUACUAAUCUACUUCCUCCAAAUCAAUUAGUUAUGUCAUAGGCAUUUAAAUUUAACGGGUAUAGACAAAUAGAGCCUUGUAACCGCUAUUUCAAAAUUUGGUGGAUCAUGCGCACAACUGGUAUUGGGACAAAAAUGGGGCGUCACCAGACACAUGUGUUAAUAUUAAAGUAAAGGUCUUGUCAACGCCAGCAUUAGCCAGUUAAUGCUAUGUUCGAGCACUACUUUUUUUCAUACAUUUAUCAUAUUGGUCAGAAAACUAUUCAAGAUUGUCCCGAACCGCCAUAAUGAUAUGCGCUGAAACCUGUAUCUUUAAUGUGGAUGUUCAAAUGCACCUUUUUACAUACACCUCCUUGAGUCAUAUAUAUUUCAAGAAUUUCCAUGCUACCAGUGAGUGUCGGAGGGAGCAAAAAUCUAAAUAUUAGACAAUCCGGACCUAAAUUACUUCGGACAAUGUUACGAAUCAUCAUAUAUCGCGGCCGGGAAUGUCGAAUUUAGUCGACUCCAUUUAUUGUAAUCCGUUCAUGUGAAGAAAAGUGUCAUUGAAGGCAAUGUAUGUCACUGACAAUUAAGUCCGUCGCUUAGGGCCGAAUUCGUAAAGGCCGUUUAAGGGUUAGACGCGUGUAACUUCUCUCUAAUCAGUUUCAGGGCCUAUUCAUAUUCUGUGAAGAUUUACAUGAAGGACCUGAAUCUGUCUAUUCAGAUGUUAAACGCUGUUUUAAGCUAAGCGCCCUUUAUGAAUUUGUCCCUUAGGGCCGAAUUCGUAAAGGGCGUUUAAGGGUUAGACGCGUGUAACUUCUCUCUAAUCAGUUUCAGGGCCUAUUCAUAUUCUGUGAAGAUUUACAUGAAGGACCUGAAUCUGUCUAUUCAGAUGUUAAACGCUGUUUUAAGCUAAGCGCCCUUUAUGAAUUUGUCCCUUAGGGCCGAAUUCGUAAAGGGCGUUUAAGGGUUAGACGCGUGUAACUUCUCUCUAAUCAGUUUCAGGGCCUAUUCAUAUUCUGUGAAGAUUUACAUGAAGGACCUGAAUCUGUCUAAGCGCUGUUUUAAGCUAAACGCCCUUUAUGAAUUUGUCCCUGGAUGUAAACUAAUCACUCUUUUGUUGGAGUCCGCACUAUCAUUGGCUAAUCAAUUGCUGAUAGCGUUUGAAAAGUCAGCGGUACCAAGAUGCAUUGCGGACCAGCGAGCUGACGUAAAUGUGAGAUUUACUCUCUGACCAUCGGCGAACUAAAUCUGCAAAAUCCAUUCCACCAUCACUGCAAUAUUCUAUUCGUGAUUUCAAGAUUGAAAGUCCGCUCACUCUCUGAUGUACAACAAGGUCGUAUAUCAGUAGCAGUAAUGUUUAUGAUGACUAUUAUGCGACUGCGACUGCUGUCCCGAUAUCAACUCUGCUGGUUGUCUAAAGCGAUCUAACCCUGGUUAAAAUGGUCUAUCAUUAAUUUCGGGUAACGGAUUGGUGACGUCAUAGCUUGGUUUAGUCGCGCCUCCUAUCAAUCAGUCUAAUAUCGAAUGUAAACAGGUUUUUAGAUGGUGUAUCCGGAAGAUUUUGUACCGAAAUGUAAUGGAGCUAGUCGAUAAUCUAAUUCAAUUUUUAUGAAUUCGUGCCGUAAAAAAUAAUAUCGACGGCGCAUUAUGAGUCGUUUUUGUCAAGCCACGUCUUAUAGUCAUAAAUUAAAGUGUCACUUAGCAUUGUUAUGUAUGUAACCACAUAUCUUUUGUUCGGUACAUUUGUACGGGUGAUACAAAUAAUUUACGAUUUUUACAUAGGAUUAAUCGAGUUUUCUUUGAAUGAAUUUCACCAAUGUUAAGCACCAGUGUCACGGAGGAUAUGUGCCAAACUGGAACACAGGUCUCCAUAUCGAUAAGUUUUAAAAAUAUAGGCCCCCUAUACAUCAAAAAGGGCGUGAUCGUGUACCGAUGACAUCAUCCGAAGCAUGAGCUUGAACUUAACCGACAGUCACUUGACUUGGAGCAGCUUACUCCAGCAACAAUUGUUAGUUACCGCCUAAACUCCCCUGCAGUAUCCUCGCUAAUUCCACCUAAAGCUGACACUAGGGAAGAGCGUUGUUACAAUAUUGCAUUGCAUUGUAUUGGUGCUGCCUCUUGUUUUGGUCUUAGCAUUUGUGAAUCUAAGAAAUGAGGUUUUCUGAGACUCGCUGGUGUCCUCUUAUUUUGAUGCAUCAUACUCGUAAUAAUGGAGUCUUUUCUUCCAUCCAUGGUCUCAAGUUGGUAACAAUAUUUGGCUUUCUGGGUCCAAGGUCAUAACUGUUAGAAUUCGGUGGUGAUAUUACAACAAGUAAGGCUGGACAAAGAUGUCGGAUGGACUGCCAUCAGUCACUGGGUUGCAUUACCGGGAAUGUACAGCUUCUACGUAUCUAUACACAUAUGUAUUGCUAUCAAUCUACUUUACAAACCGAACUAGAGACGCCACAAGUAUUUCGUCACAGACGUCAUUGCUUUCUUGUCUUCAGUUUACAAAACAGUCAUGCUUGAACAACAUCAGGAGGUUUUGAUUUAUACUGUCAAGUGUCAAUGGUGAUUCACGUAAUAGUAAACAGCUUGGAUGUUGUUCCGCUUUGUUCCUCUUCAUUGGACCACAAUGGAAUCAGACCAUAUGAGCAUGGUAACAAGGGCUCGAGGUUGAUCCCUCAACCCUGUCAUGGCAGAAUGAUCCGAUCACAUUGAGAUCCGCCAGAGCAGAACAAAGCCAUAUACAAUGCUUAGCCUUUCACGUACUUCAACAAAGAUAUCGCUGUUCAUAAACUGGGGGCACUUGAAACUGUGGUGAAGUGUUAAGGUUUACGCGUCGUCGUUUCUGUGCUCCAUUGUUUUGCUUUUGAACGUCACACCAGACAUUCGUGAUGCUGUACAUAUGCUUAAGACUUGAUCGUAACUCCAGAAUCGUAGGGCGAUGUGACAAAGCGCUUUGAUAUCUUUGUUUCAUGAUUAGGUAAAAAUCAGGGCCAUACAUCUGGUGUGUUCAUUUUGAUAUAAAUGAAGGGAAUAUAGUGUAUCAUGUAGAGGUGUAUUAUGUAUCAUGUGGAAAGAAUAAAACAAGAUUGAAGAUAGAAAGGGGUCGGGAGAAAUCAAAGACAUGUUGCAAUGUUCAUCAUCGUGUUAAUUCGCUUGGGAAUGCACGUUCUUUCAGAUGGGGUCAAGACCCACCGGUUCUUCCUAGCUGUGACGAAAGUGUUCAUUUGUCAUUCAUGCUUUCACCAUUCUGAUACAUUUCUUUCUUAUGGUGAACCAACCAGAUACGAUGACCUUGGCCUAGUAUGUUCAUUAUAAGUCUGAAAGCGUGUAUAUAAGUAAUAAUCCACGCGCAAACAUGUACUGUGUAUUUAUGUAACAAUGCAUGUAACGAGUGACAGUGUAAUGAGUAACGGUGACAAAAAUCCGGCACUCUUUCAUAAUUUGAUAUUUCGUUGAUCAUGUUAAUGAUUGGUUUUAAAAAUGCUUGAUCAGGCCUAUAACCGGAUUUGUUGAUAUUUUUCUAAUAUAUAGCUAAAGAGGUAGCGAAAUCCAGAUGAGUUUCAGGUCGUAAUCAUUACUUCUUAUAUGGGUAGCUAUCGUACGAGUACGUGUUGUGCAACAUUUGCAAGCAAAACGAGAUCAUUGUGCUUACGGCCUGUUGUCUAAGUUUGCAGUUUGGGUUUGUAAUUCGACUCAAUGUCUCUGUUUUAGACAGGGUUUACGGGAACAUGUAUAUUAAAGGCAUUUAGUGUGCGUGUUUUGGUAAAAUGACAAAUGUCUCUCUGCCAACAAUUCAUAGACUAAAGGAGCUAGUUGUCUUCCAGACUGGUGUCGCCACUUAAGUUACUCGUCAGUGCAGUUCCUGGCAGUUACUAUACGCGUCAAUUAAAACACUUUCGAUUCUCGUUACUAAAUGAAAUCUUACCAAGUUUACCUAGCUAAGUCACCGAAGAUAUCGUUUAGCGACGUUCGUUGGGUAACUUAAUAAUGGGUGAAAACCUAUGUCCGAGGAGAUAUUUUAGUUAGCGACAACAAGUUGUCCUCAAAGAAUACAAGACGACGCCAAAAUCAGGUUAAUAACGACUGCCAACC